AUGUAUUUCUCCAAGAUCGCUUUCCCUCUUGGCCUCCUGGCUACCGCAGUCAGCGCUGCUCCGAGUUCCUUCCAGCAGCCUUCCUCCAUUGUCAGUCGAGAGAUAAUUGACUACGGCGUCUCUUCUCUGGGCGGUGGAGACCUUGAGAAGCGCGAGAUUAUCGACCUGGGUCUCACCAACGAUGGCACCGAUGAUCUUGAGAAGCGUGGUAAGAGCAACUACGUCUCUAGCUGCGGUAAAAACUGGAUGCCCAUCGAGGAUGACAAGAGCAAGAGUCACUCGGGCUACCGGUCAGCCGUCGAGCAGUAUUGCUACCACGUUACCCACAGCCAGGAUGGCCUGCCUACGGUUAUUGGACAUGGUCAAAAGCACGCUGCCAUCGUCAAGGGCGGCUAUUAUCUGAAGGGUGAUGUUCCUGCGGCUGUUAACUUUGAAAUCCACAACAAGAUGAAGGAUGGCGACCACACUCCCAACCAGUCGGACUGUGAGACCUAUCUCAUGAAGAUGGCUGAUACCAACUCCAAGUGCUACGGCAGCAAGAACAAGGACACCAAGGGUGGCACCUGGCAGAUUGGCAGCGACGACGUUAGCUACCAUGCUCUUCCCGAGGCCAAUUCUACUUAA